UGCCCUCUCCCCGAGGUAAAAAUGUGCCAGAUGUGUUGCGCAGAUGACUGCGAGGAUGCCUGUGAGGAAGUGCCAGUGCCACGGUGCAGACAUUCCCAGGGGAGAAGCAUUGAAAGUCUGUCAAGAGUGAGGAGCUCAACUCAAGAAAAUAAAAGCACUGCAGCAGCAAAAAGAACUGAUUCAGAAGGAACCGUUAGGCCACUAGUCUUCCGGCUACAUGAUGGUGUCCCUGCAUUGGUCCGCGAGAUUUUAUUGGAACGUGGCUGGACUGAAUAUGAUGAGCAUGAGCAAGACAAUGAGGACUGGAAUCUAUACUGGCGGAAUCAUCCUUUCCGGAUGACAGAGCACCGGGCAGUUAAGCCGUGGCAGAGGCUCAACCACCACCCAGAAACCAUCAGGAUCACCAGGAAAGACUAUCUGGCAAGACACCUCAAACGCAUGAAGGGAAUCUAUGGAACGACUCUCUACGAGUUCAGCCCAGCAGCCUUCAUCAUGCCCAAUGACUACAUAAAAUUUAUAUCAGAAUACACCAAGGAGAGGCAAACGCCAGGCAAAAGGCUGAGCUACUGGAUCUGCAAACCUGUCGACAGGUCUCGUGGAAGGGGCAUCCUGGUUUUUCAGGACAUUAAAGACUUUGUUUAUGACUGCAUGGUCAUUGUGCAGAAGUACAUCAGCAACCCUUUGCUUAUUUCUGGAUACAAGUGGGAUCUCCGCCUUUAUGUCUGUGUCACCAGCUUCUGUCCCCUCACUAUUUAUACCUAUGAGGAAGGGCUGGUGAGGUUUGCAACAGAGAAGUUUGACCUUGAAUCCCUGGACAAUGUUUAUGCCCACUUGACCAACACCAGCAUAAAUAAAUUUGGACCCUCAUAUAGAAAGGAUAAAGAUGUUGUUGGUUCUGGUUGUAAAUGGACUUUCAGCCGGUUCCGGGCCUACUUACGUAGCCGCAGUGUGGAUGACCUGCGCCUAUGGAAGAGGAUCAAUUACAUCAUCACACUUACCUUGCUGGCGAUCACCCCAUCAGUACCAUUCACCUGCAACUGCUUUGAGCUCUUUGGGUUUGACAUUCUGGUGGAUGACAAGAUGAAGCCCUGGCUUCUGGAAGUGAACCAUAGCCCAGGCUUGCGUUUGGACUGUGCCACCGAUGCCAUUGUGAAAAGGGGAUUGCUCCAUGACAUCAUAGACCUGUUGAACUACAAGGAGGUUGACACUUCGAGAAAGAACAAAGGGGCAACUCGGAAAGUUUCAUGCUUUAGCCAAACCCGCUGUCUGUUGACUAGUCAGGCAGAGGUCUCACUGGAUUUUCUGGCUGGAAGGAAGGAAACCAAGUCUGCAGCUGCCUCCCCUUCCUCAUCACUCUUGCAGAUUAAUAAAAGCACUCCAACCUUUGGCAGAACAGGCAGCGCAUACCCCAAGAAAACGCUGACCUCCCAGUUGCGUGAAAGGAUGAACAUGCCAAAAACGCCAGUGCAAUCAAAGCCAUCCACUAAAAGCAAAGCGCUCUUAAGAACUAGUUACUCUGUAUGUGAGCCCAUCCAGUCCACCCGCUGGUUUAAUUCAACUGAGCCCCAUACCCAGAAGCCGUCUAUCCCUCCAUAUUUCCUCUCUGAUAAAGACAAAAAGCCAUUCCCCCGCGUAGGUGACUUUGUCCUUAUAUUUCCUUUCAAUGACGCAGUACUUGAAGCAUCUAGGAAUGAGAUAAAUGUCAAAAGUGUAAUACAGGAAAUGCACAAGUUAAUGAGCAAAGAAUUGCAACCAGAACACCCAAAGUUAAAUAAAAGCUUAUUUGACCUGUAG